AUGGGUACCCAAGGAAACAACAGCAGUGGUAACAAGAAAAGAGAUGCGAACCCACCAGCCGAGGUUAGGACUGGUCCUACAGGUUCUGAGAACAAGGGGAAGGGAUACAUAGGACCACUGCCCAAAUGUGACGUAUGCCACCAUCAUGCCGGCCAGUGUAGGUUCAGGAAAUGUGAAAACUGUGGAAAGAAUGGUCAUUCGAAUGAGACGCGCUGGGCUGGUACUAGUCACGGGAAUGGUAGUCAGAGAGGUAAUGGGGAUGGCAAUGGAAACCGUGGUGGAAACGGUAAUGGGAAUAGGAAUAACCAGGGAAGUAAUGGAAAUUGUGGUGGUUCUGGAAAUCAAGCUAGUAACGGAAAUCAUGGAGCAAACAACAACCAGGGCGGAAAUGGAAACGGAAAUGGUCGCGCCCAAGGUUGCUUUGGCUGUGGUGAUGUAGGGCACUUCAAGCGGGAUUGCCCGAAGAACAACCAAGCCCAGGGGAGAGUUUUCAACAUUGAAGCUAGGGAAGCUCGUCAAGAUCCGAACGUAGUCACUAGUACGUUCCCUAUCAACCAACACUUUACAUCUGUGUUAUUUGAUAUUGGUGCCGAUUAUAGCUUCGUGUCCCUAGAAUUUAAGGAUAUACUUGGGUUAGUUGCCAGUAAGUUAGAUAUCCCAUAUUCGAUAGAAUUAGCUAAUGGAAAGCUAGUAGAAGCUAGUGAAGUGAUUAAAGGUUGUGUGAUGGAGCUUGGAGAGCAUUAUCCGUAUCCCGAUGACGAAUGGAGAAACGAUCGUAGUGCAUGGAGAAAAGCAUGA